UUCUCCCCAACCUGACCCUGCCAGCUGUGGGACCUGCUGUACAAGCUGCGUUUUGUGCUGACCUACAUCGCGCCCUGGCAGAUCACCUGGGGCUCGGCUUUCCACGCUUUUGCCCAGCCCUUUGCUGUGCCACACUCGGCCAUGCUGUUCGUUCAGGCCCUGCUCUCUGCGCUCUUUUCCACCCCACUCAACCCCCUCUUGGGCAGCGCUGUUUUCAUCAUGUCCUACGCACGGCCCCUCAAGUUCUGGGAGCGUGACUACAACACUAAACGUGUGGAUCAUUCCAACACCCGCCUGGUCACACAGCUGGACCGGAACCCCGGCGCUGACGACAACAACCUCAACUCCAUCUUCUAUGAGCACUUAACACGCUCGCUGCAGCACACGCUGUGUGGGGACUUGGUGCUGGGCCGCUGGGGCAACUAUGGCCCCGGGGACUGCUUUGUCCUGGCCUCCGACUACCUCAAUGCCCUGGUGCACCUCAUCGAGGUUGGCAACGGCCUCAUCACCUUCCAGCUGCGUGGCCUUGAGUUCCGGGGUGAGCAUGGGCCUGAGUCUGACACACAGCAUUGGGUUUCGCACUGCGGGAGGGCUGUGUUCUGCCCAGCUCCGCCUUGGUGCUCUG